UAGAAGUCUGGGCUGACCCCUUGCUCUCUCGCGCGCGAUGUGGCUGCUGGUGGUGCUGCUGGCUGUGCUGCUGUUGGCGGUCCUCUGCAGAGGUUACGUGGGGCUGUUCGCGGGCAGCUCCCCGAACCCUUUCUCCGACGACGUCAAGCGGCCCCCUUCGCCCCUGGUGACCGACAAGGAGGCCAGGAAAAAGGUGCUCAAGAAAGCUUUCUCGGACAGCCGAGUCCCAGAGAAGUUGGAUGUUGUGGUGAUAGGCAGUGGCUUUGGGGGCCUGGCUGCAGCUGCAAUUCUGGCCAAAGCUGGCAAGCGAGUUCUGGUGCUGGAACAGCAUACCAAGGCAGGAGGCUGCUGUCAUACCUUUGGAAAGAAUGGCCUUGAAUUUGACACAGGAAUCCAUUAUAUUGGGCGCAUGCAGGAGGGCAGCCUUGGCCGUUUUAUGUUGGACCAGAUCACUGAGGGGCAGCUGGACUGGGCUGCCAUGUCUUCUCCCUUUGACAUCAUGAUACUAGAAGGGCCCAAUGGUCAAAAGCAGUUCCCCAUGUACAGCGGGGAGAAAGCCUACGUUCAGGGCCUCAAGGAGAAGUUUCCCCAGGAGAAAGCUGCCAUUGACAAGUAUAUAAAGCUGGUUAAGGUGGUAUCGAGGGGAGUCCUUCAUGCCAUCUUCUUGAAGCUCCUCCCGUUGCCUGUGGUUCAGCUCCUCAGCAAGUGUGGCCUGCUCACUCGUUUCUCUCCGUUUCUCCGUGCAUCCACACAGAGCCUGGCCGAGGUCCUGCAGCAGCUGCCGGCCUCCCCAGAGCUCCGGGCAGUGCUCAGCUACAUCUUUCCCACUUACGGUGUGACCCCCAGCCAAGGCACCUUUGCCAUGCAUGCUCUGCUGGUUAAUCACUUCCUAGAAGGGGCCUUUUAUCCCCGAGGGGGCCCCAGUGAAAUUGCCUUCCACACCAUCCCUGUGAUAGAGCGGGCCGGGGGUGCUGUCCUGACCAGGGCUGCUGUGCAGAGUGUGUUGCUGGACUCUGCUGGGAAAGCCUGUGGUGUCAGUGUGAAGAAAGGUCAGAAGCUGGUGAACAUCUACUGCCGCAUCGUAGUCUCCAGUGCAGGCUUGUUCAAUACGUAUGAGCACUUACUGCCGGAGAGUGCCCGCUGUCUGCCAGGCGUGAAGCAGCAGCUGGGGAUGGUGCGGCCCAGCCUGGGCAUGAUCUCGGUCUUCAUCUGCCUGCAAGGCACCAAGAAGGACUUGGGUCUGCAGUCCACCAACUACUACGUUUAUUUUGACACAGACAUGGACAAGGCGAUGGAGCACUACCUCUCCAAGCCCAGGGAAAAGGCUGCAGCACACAUGCCCUUUCUCUUCAUUUCUUCUUCAGCCAAGGAUCCGACUUGGGAGGACCGCUUCCCAGGCCGGUCCACAAUGAUUGUGCUGGCACCCACGUCCUAUGAGUGGUUUAAGGAGUGGCAGGAGGAGCCCGAGGGAAAGCGGAGCAAUGACUAUGAGACCCUCAAGAACUCCUUUGUUGAAGCCUCUCUGUCCGUUGUCUUGAAGCUGUUCCCGCAACUGGAAGGGAAGGUGGACAGUGUGGCUGGAGGAUCCCCACUGACCAAUCAGUUCUAUCUGGCUGCUUCCGGAGGUGCCACCUAUGGAGCUGACCAUGACCUGGGCCGUCUGCAUCCUAACGUGAUGGCCUCCUUGAGGGCCCAAAGCCCCAUCCCCAACCUCUACCUGACAGGCCAGGAUAUCUUCACCUGUGGGUUGAUGGGGGCCCUGCAAGGGGCCCUGCUGUGUAGCAGCGCCAUUCUGAAGCGGAACUUGUACUCAGACCUUCGUAAGCUUGGCUCAAGGAUCCAGGCACAGAAGAAGAAGAAUUAGUUGGGUCAGGAAUGAGUCAGGAAUUCAGCCAGUGCUUUGGCACUGCCCCCGACAUGCCCAUGUCUUCCUGCAUUCUUUUCUUGCUCACAUAAAGCACUCUUGAUUUCUUUUUGAUCUCUAUUUGAGUAGAGCUCUCACCUCACACUCAAUUCUCACUUAAGAUUACUGUUCUUAAACUGAAGCUCCCCCAGCUGGGGCAGGUGCUGACCGUUCAUGCCUGUUCUAACAGGCUAUCCCUACUGAAAUGCCCAGUGUGGGCUACUGACUUGCACAGCCUCCUAUCCCAUACCUCCUGACUCUGAACAAACAGAAUAUUCUUUUAUUUAGGUGGACAAAACCCUUGGAAGUGCUGGCUAGCUGAAAGGGUGGCAUUAUUGUACUGAGGCAUCUCCCUCCUUUCAUUCACUCUUAGUGCUGCACUGCAGUUCUCAGCUGGUAAGGAAACAAGGCAACAUGUAUAUUAGAAGAUCACAUCCAGUUCGUAUGCAACCAGGCUCUAGGUUUGUCCUUAUAGGGUUCUCAACAUGCCAGCACCAAGAUAUCCUCAUGGAGCUCAAUACCUGAGCUCAAGGCUCUUCCAAAAAUACACAAUGCAGAGUGACAUUAGUAGAUGGCACUGGACUGGAAAGAUCCCGUCACUGGUGUAGCAGCACGCUGAGGGAGCACUGGAUGUACUGGGCCAAACAGCCCAGCGGCCCCCUGCACGGAGGAUCUGUGCUGCCUGGUGGGGAGGAGCGGGGGUUGGAGAUCAGUCAGGAUGAGAACACGGAGAGCUACAGAAUGUGUGCAAAGCCCAGGAACAGCUUUUCCAGUUUCCCGGUACACAUAUGGGGACUGGAUGGGAAGGUGAAGGAAGGCUAAGAAAAAAAUGAACUUUCACUUACGCGAGGCCUUAUUUCAGUCAAUUUUAAUGCAAUAUUAAUAAAUUAAUGAUUUGAUAACUAA